AGUGAGGUCACGACAACCAAGGAGCCGCCACCGGUGACGUCACAUCUGAAGCGUCUGAACCUGUCUACUCUGGGCCAACAGAUCGCAAAUCUGUCGCCCCUUCUGCUCUCGGAUCCCUCUGUUGCUGCUGCGGCCGCGGCUGCUUCCUUUGGUGGUGGUGGUGGUGGUGGUGGUGGUGGUGGUGGUAGUGCGUCAGGUGACACUGCCGGUGGCACCGACGCCGCCGCCGGAAGUACGCAAUCCUCCUCCGGCGUCGCUGCCAGCUCCUCCCCGGUGAACAUGUUGAACGAUCUCAUUCAGCAGAUGGUCAGCCUGAAGCAUACGCCCUCCGUGAGUCUCGUCGGCGCCAGCGGCGGCGUGACUGCUGAGGCGUCGGAGAACAAUGUUGCCACAGCCACAGCUGUAGGGUCGACGGCGAAGCCUUGGCCGCCACUGUCCUCUGCCGAGAAAAAGCAGCUAGAACAGACCAUCACCUCUGCCCUCACCAGGGGACAGCGACUGCUGGAUAACGAGGCAGCCCGAAAGGCCCUGGGAGGGACCAGUCUUCAGGUCUACAUUCACCAGUCGGAUAUCAAGGAGGGCUCACCUGUGGCUACGUUUUAUAUGGACUCUAGCGAAGGUAGGUUCUCGGCAGCAUCCUACAUAGUAGAUUUAAGCAUUUAG